AUGGAGGUGAGAAGAGUGGCCUUCUUAGCUCUCUGUGUGCUGCUGGCGUGUGGAUCAUCUGAUGCCAAAGGUAAAAGAAGACUAGUUAUUGAGGAGGAGAACCCAGAGUUCUGGAGGUCACAGGCCAGGAAGACUUUACAAUCAGCGUUGGAUAGGAAGCUGAACACCAAUGUGGCCAAGAACAUCCUCUUCUUCCUUGGAGAUGGUAUGGGAAUCACAACCUACACAGCAGCUCGUGUCCUCAAGGGACAGCUGCAGAACAAGACAGGAGAGGAGACAGUGAUGACCAUGGACACCUUCCCCCAUGUGGGCUUGGCUAAGACCUACAGUGUAGACUUCCAGAUUCCAGACAGUGCAGCCACAGCUACUGCUUAUCUGUGUGGAGUGAAAACCAACCUGAACACUGUCGGAGUCAGCGCAGCAGCUCGCAACGGUGCCUGCAAGACUCAGAAGGGCAACGAGGUCACGUCCAUCCUGAAGUGGGCCAAAGAUGCUGGCAAGUCUGUUGGCAUUGUCACAACCACACGGGUGCAACAUGCCACCCCAGCAACCACCUACGCCCACAGUGCCAGCAGGAAGUGGUACAGUGACGCUGACUUGCCCGCUGGCGCCAAGAGGGACGGCUGCACUGACAUCUCCUCUCAGCUCCUCAAUAACACAGACAUAGAUGUGAUCAUUGGUGGUGGUAGAAAGUACAUGACCCCAAAGGGCACCAAGGACCCAGAAUACCCCCUGGACUAUGCCUCUAGGGGCAAAAGACAAGACGGGCGCAACCUCAUCAAUGAAUGGCAGAAGAUGAAAAUGGGAAAGGUAGCCCACUAUGUAUGGAAUAAAACUGAUUUUGACGCUGUUGACCCUGAAAAGACGGACUACCUCAUGGCUCUGUUUGAACCUGGUGAUCUGCGCUUUGAAACAGAGAGGGACCCAAAAAUGGACCCGUCCAUCGUCGAGACCACAGAAAAAGCCAUCCGCAUCCUCCAGAAAAACCCUAAAGGCUUCUUCCUUUUAGUGGAGGGUGGCCGUAUUGACCAGGCUCACCAUGACGGCCGGGCGUACAUGGCGCUCCACGAGGCGGUUGCUUUUGACUACGCCAUUGCCAAGGGCCUGGAACUCACCAAAGAGGAGGAAACUCUCACCGUAGUCAUGGCUGACCACUCCCACCCUUUUACCUGGAAUGGAUACCCAUUCCGAGGGCAGAGCAUUCUUGGUAAAUCUCCGCUGUGGGGUCAAGACAUGCUGCCUUACACCACCCUUAUGUACGGAAACGGACCUGGACACAAACUCAUCAACGGCAAGCGCCCUGACAUCCGUGAUGUGGACACCAAAACUAAAGACUACGUCCAGUACGCUGCAGUGCCCACAGAGUCGGCCACCCACAGCGGAGAGGAUGUGGCAGUGCUUGCCCGUGGACCUAUGGCCCACUUGUUCCAGGGCGUUAACGAGCAGAACUACGUCGCCCAUGCCAUGGGUUAUGCUGCAUGCGUGGGCGCAGACCUGAGGCACUGCAAGGGGCAAACCUCACCAGAUUUAGAGUCUACCACCUUGACCAAUGAUAGGAAUGGUGCUGGGGGAGUUCGUGGCUCAUCAGUGUUGCUCAGUAGCCUCCUCACUGCACUGCUGGCACUUAAAGUUCUGAUGUAA